GCUUGAUGAUGGAUUCUGCGGUGAUGCGGCCGAGCGCGGAUAUCCUCCGCAAGAACCCGCAGCACGACUACGAACUCAUCCAACGGGUUGGCAGCGGCACCUAUGGGGAUGUAUAUAAGGCUAGGAAUCUUCAAACAGGAGAGCUGGCUGCUGUCAAGAUCAUUAAAUUAGAACAGGGUGAUGAUUUCUCCCUGAUCCAGCAAGAAAUCUUCAUGGUAAAGGAGUGUAAGCAUGCCAACAUUGUGGCUUACUUUGGCAGCUAUCUUUCACGGGAAAAGCUGUGGAUCUGUAUGGAGUACUGUGGUGGCGGCUCACUCCAAGAUAUAUACCAUGUAACGGGGCCACUCGCAGAGUGCCAGAUAGCAUACAUGUGCAGAGAGACCUUGCAGGGUCUGGCCUAUUUGCACAGUAGGGCGAAAAUGCAUAGAGAUAUCAAGGGUGCCAACAUACUUCUUACAGACAAUGGAGAUGUUAAGUUAGCUGACUUUGGUGUGGCAGCCAAAAUAACAGCAACAAUUGCCAAGAGGAAGUCUUUCAUUGGUACCCCUUACUGGAUGGCGCCAGAAGUGGCUGCAGUAGAGAAAAAUGGAGGCUACAACCAACUUUGUGACAUAUGGGCUGUUGGCAUCACUGCAAUUGAACUGGCAGAACUGCAACCUCCAAUGUUUGAUCUGCAUCCUAUGAGAGCGUUGUUUUUAAUGUCAAAGAGUAGCUUCCAGCCUCCAAAAUUAAAAGAAAAACUGAAAUGGUCACCAAACUUUCAUAACUUUGUCAAAGUGUCUUUAAUCAAGAAUCCAAAGAAAAGGCCACCUGCAGAGCGACUACUCACUCAUCAAUUUGUAAUACAGCCAGGCCUCUCAAGGUUUGUUGCACAAGAGCUUCUGGACAAGUUUAACAAUCCUGACAGUCAUCACCAUUACAGUGAGCCUGAUGACGAUGAUCCUGAGCCUCUCGCCAUGGUUCGACAUACCAUACGUUCCACAAGCAAAGCUGCAAGAGCUGAAAGGACAGCCUCUGAACUGAACUUUGACAAGCUGCAGUUUGAGCCUCCUCUUAGAAAGGAGACAGAAGCCAAUGAGGAAAUGGGUUGCAGCAGAGAGGAUGAUUUUGGAUCUCAGUGGAGCCCAUUUACCAAUGGUGCCAGCAAUGAUUCUACAAUGAAAAAAGCUGUACCACCACCUCUACCCCCCAAGCCUGUGAGAAUGAACAGCUGCCCAGAUGAGCCUAUAGAUGACAGCGAACGAUCCAGCACCAUCAAACAUCAGGAAAACAGAGCUCCACAAUUUCACAGGAGACAGAGCAGCCCAGGUAAUGGGGACAGUCCAGUGCGCAGCCCAGUAGGAGAAGGAGGCAAACCGCAGCUUCCACAGAAGAAAGAAAAGAAGGAUUUUCCUAAAUCUGAAAUAAAUGGUUUACCACCCACUCCAAAAGUACUGAUGGGAGCGUGUUUCUCCAAAGUGUUUGAUGGCUGUCCAUUGAAAAUAAACUGUGCAACAUCCUGGAUACACCCAGAAACCAAAGAUCAGUACAUUAUUUUUGGCAGUGAAGAUGGAAUUUACACAUUAAAUCUUAAUGAACUACAUGAGGCCACAAUGGAGCAGCUGUUUCCUCGGAAGUGCACGUGGCUGUACAUUAUGAAUAAUAUGUUGAUGUCCUUGUCAGAAGGUAAAACUGUUCAGCUUUAUUCGCAUAACCUGGUGGGUCUGUUUGAGCAAGCGAAAAAGCCGGGACUAGCAGCUCACAUACAGACUCAUCGUUUUCCUGACAGAAUACUACCAAGAAAGUUUGCCCUCUCUACGAAGAUACCAGAAACAAAAGGCUGCCACAAGUGUUGUGUUGUAAGAAACCCAUAUACUGGUCACAAGUACCUGUGUGGGGCUCUGGAGUCCAGUAUUGUCCUGCUUCAGUGGUAUGAGCCUAUGCAGAAAUUCAUGUUAAUAAAGCACUUUGAUUUCCCUCUGCCAAACCCCCUGAGAGUGUUUGAAAUGCUGGUUAUCCCAGAGCAGGAGUUUCCCUUGGUCUGUGUUGCUGUCAGUAAAGGCGUGGAACCAAAUCAGAUCGUGAGGUUCGAGACCCUCAACCUGAGCUCAGCCUCUUCCUGGUUUACUGACUCAGGAAUUUGUCAGCAGCUGGAUGCCAUACAUGUUACACAGCUAGAGAAAGAUACCGUCUUGGUUUGUCUGGACCAUUACGUGAAAAUGGUAAACCUUCAGGGGAAACUAAAGUCAAACAGAAAACUGGCAUCAGAACUGAGCUUUGAAUUCCGCAUUGAAUCUGUAGUGUGCCUUCAGGACAGUGUGCUCGCCUUCUGGAAGCAUGGCAUGCAGGGAAAGAACUUUAAAUCAAAUGAGGUCACACAAGAGAUUUCAGAUGAAUCCAGAGUUUUCCGCUUAUUAGGAUCAGACAGAGUGGUGGUGCUGGAAAGUCGUCCGACAAUGAAUCCGACGGCACACAGUAACCUGUACAUCUUGGCUGGCCACGAAAACAGCUACUAGCCGCCUCUUUGCAGCUCGCCAAAAACGACAUAGGAAUCUAAAUUCCAACAUAAACGUUCCCUUGCUGGGACCUGUGCAAGGUGGAUUUUGCUUUGACUGUUAUUUUUAUUCACGUAUUGGUAUUAUUGGGGAAAAGGUUGUGUUUUUAACAUUUUGUGCGGCUGGAAACGGCUACAGUUCCUGUCACCACUGUGUGGUGUUGGUUUUAUUGGUUGCUUAAUAACAAGCUGUGACAUUUACCCUUUGUAAUGGUCGGUGCCAAAAGUUGGAGGGCGCAGCCAUGCUGAAAACAAUAAGGGGUGCCUUGAUUUACUCAGCCGUCUUGCAGUUGGUCUAGGGGAUGCGAAAACCAUAAUGGCACUUUGUGUUGAUAUUCUAUAUCUUUGUUGAAUGCUGCAUUGCCACUUACUUUAUCCCGAGUAUAUUUUCUGUGGUAUAGUGUAUAUGUUGCAACUCAGUGCCAACAACACGUGCCCCAGCCCUGCUGUUCCUUUUCAGCACAUGCUUCUAGUUCUUUAUGCGGAUGUGAUAUUUAGGGGCAGAUUUAUCAAGGGUUGAAUUGAAAAUUCUAAUUUUUAAAUUCCAAUUUCGAGUUUAUUUUAGUGUAAUUCGACUAGGGAAUAGUCUAAAUUCGAUUAGAAUUUAAAAAAAAAUGCAAAUUCGAAUUUUUACAUUUAUUAUGUCUUGUCCCUUUAAGAAUUCGACUAUUUGCCCUCUAAAACCCGCCGAAUUUGUGGUUUAGCCUAUCGGGGACCUCCUACAAUCAAUUUGGAGUCAUUUAAUGGACUUUUUGGAAAAAAAAAUAUAUAUUUUUAAAAUUUUGAUUACAAAUUAGAUUAAAAAAUUUUUUAAAGUAUGAAAUAUUUUUUUGGGGUGAAACCUCGUAUCGAAUUCGAUCAAUUUGAAAUUGCAGCUUGGUCCUAUUCAACCGUUUUUUAAAAAAAAUCGAUUUUUUUUCUUUUUAAGAAAUUACGAUUGGUCUUUUUUUUCCUUAUUUCGAGUUUAUGGGAGUUGAUGGGAGUUUUUAGAAACUCCCAUAAACUCGAAAUUCGACCCUUGAUAAAUCUGCCCCUUAAAGUAAUUUUCAUUAGUUAUUUGAGGGAUAUAGUUUUUCCGCAUUAACGCCUUCGUAUCUGGGCUCCAAAUCAUAACCAGCAUAUUGGUACAAGCUCUAUUCAAUCGCUGCACCCAGUGUCGGACCCGGCGGGAAACCGGGAAAAAACCUGGUGGGCCCCGGGCUGUUGUGGAUCCCGCAGGCCCAGAUCCGCUUCUUAGUGGCCCGACCCCUCUUUGUUGGGGUCAUGUUGAAAUAAAAAAUUUAAGGACAAACGCGGCGCUCCAGAGCGUUGAGGGGGGCCCUUAGGCAGUAGCCCCGGUGGGCCCCAAGCACCCCAGUCCGACCCUGGCUGCACCCAGGGAGAUUAACUGCCUCUUUGCUUCCAUAUGCCGAGUAAUGACACUACACACCCAUGUUUGUUCACAUCUAGUCUGAAUGUGCCUGUUAGACUCUUCUGUAAAAUACAACUUUGACCUUUAUUUAUUAAUCUAUGGCUUGAGUGGGUAACAUAUCUGCAUAGGAAAGGCUUUUGCAGACUGCAUUUGUAUGUGUUGUUUGUUUGUACAGGAAAGAGUUCUUAAGUUCUUUUCCUUUUUUUACUCCAGCCAAUGGCUGGUGUCCCUUUUUUUUUUUUUUAACUCUGCUUUAAAGGAGAAGGAAAGCUACGGAGGCAUUUUAUUGCCAAUAGAUUAGCUGCAAUAGUGCAAGCUAGAAUGCUAUAUUUAUUCUGUAGAAUGUUUUACCAUACCUGAGUAAAAAUCUUUAGAAGCUCUCUGUUUGUUUAGGAUAGGAGCUGCCAUAUUAGAUUGUCAUGACAUCACUUCCUGCCUGAGUCUCUCCCUGCUCACGUAUAGCUCUGGGCUGAGAUUACAGCAGAGAAUGGAGGGGGAGAAGGAAGAGGAGCAAACUGAGCAUGCUCACGCCCGGGGCAAUGAGGUUUAAGCUGAAGACAGGAAGUCUGAUACAGAAGCCCAUGAGUACACAAUAGAAGGAAAGAAAUGCUGUGUUUCUUUUGACAGAGGACUCAGAGCAGCGUUACUUUGAGGGUUUACUGGUGUAUUUAUAUAGACCUUUCUGAUAAGGCUUACUUAGUUUUAACCUUUCCUUCUCCUGUAAGUAAGCCUUAUCAGAAAGGUCUAUAUAAAUACACCAGUAAACCCUCAAAGUAAUGCUGCUCUGAGUCCUCUGUCAAAAGAAAUACAGCAUUGCUUUCCUUCUAUUGUGUACUCAUGGGCUUCUGUAUCAGACUUCCUGUUUUCAGCAUAAACUUCCAGGGCUAGGGCUUGAGCAUGCUCAGUUUGCUCCUCUCCCCCUCUCUCCCGUAAUCUGAGCCCAGAGCUAUAAGUGAGCAGUGAGAGACUCAGACAGCAAGUGAUGUCACACCAAGCUAAUAUGGCAGCUGCUAUCCCAAACAAACCGAGAGCUUCUAGAGCUGGUUACUCAGGUAUGGUAAAGCAUUCUGCAGAAUAAAUAUAGUGUUCUAGCUUGCACUAUUGUGGCUCAUCGAUUGGCAAUAAACAGCCUCUGAAGCUUUCCUUCUUUAACGGUCAGGAUAAUUUUUAAGGGACUCUGGGCCCUCAGACUCAAAAGGGACAUUUAUUCAGAUUAGGGGCCAUAGUUCUGCCGAGACCCUCUCCCCUAAUUCUGAGCCUGCUAACAAUAUCUGCUCAUCCCGCUGUGUAUUAAAUGCUCUCAUACUGCCCCGUGCUUAAUAUUGAACUGCCUGUGGGUACAAUAAAUUCUGCAGAACCAGAGCUUUAGGCAACACCACGUAUUGUUAUACAGCAGAUUGUGUUUAGUAUCUGUCCAUAUUAAAGUGCCUCUUUUUAUAUGUGUCAUAUUACCUUAAUCAGCAGGAAUUUCCUAGUCUUCUUUAAGGAAAUCCAACCUGCUUUCUAUAUUUAAUUACAACUCCCUUCAGCUGGCUAGGGAUGCUGGGAGUUCUAGUUCGGCUGCAGCCUGACAGCCCUGUUGUGUUGCAGCUCAGUGGGAUGUGUCUGUUACCUGAACCUUCGUACCAAAGUCUUUCUGAACAUUCAGCAGCUGUGUGUUCCGUUUACCCUCUGACACCUGGUUUUAUCAUGUGUAACUUGAUUUUGUUCAAUGAGUAAAUCUGAAAUAAAAUUGCUAAUGUUUAUAUUC